UUUAGAGUAUUUCUAAACAUCUCCAUCUGCAAGCUAAGGGUUAAGCAGCCAGCGCCUUACGCACAGGUGUCUCGCCAGUCCUCUCUAUGAAGCAGCGCCUGCAAACUGUUGGCGAACUUUUUUUUUUCUUUAAUUAAGUUGAUCAUAACUGUAACUCAGCUGGGAUUUGCCGUCCGACCAGACAGGCCACUGUAAUUCAUGUAGUUAGAUCUUAAGUGGGUUUGCUCACCGCGGCACUAAUCUCUCGCUACUAUUAAACGUGGAGCGACUAACCUGGAGAGCUCUGCACAUCGACACCGGUCCCGCUUCUCUACGCUUCUAUUCCGCUUUGCUUUUGCACCGCAUCUGAUUCCAGUGGUCUGAAAACUCAUUACGCGACAGUUUAAAGAUAGUUUUUGGUUUUAUUUCGGUUUUAAAGUUGUUGAUUUUUUUUGAGAUUUUUAAAGCGUCCGCUCCGUUACGCAUCGGAUAUGUGGUGGAUGCUGUUUCCCCGAUGGAUUUGGUUUCUUCUGGGACAUUGUUACACAGUACUGCUUUAUAUGGACAGCUGCCGUGUGAAAGCGAUGCCCAUGCCCAUGUCUGUGGCAAAGGUGGUGUACUCUCACGCGGGUCUGUGCCCGAAUGACCUGAACCCCAACCUGUGGGUGGAUGCUAUGAGCACCUGCAUGCGCGAGUGUGAAUCUGACCAGGACUGUGAGACAUUCGAGAAGUGCUGCCCUAACGUGUGUGGUAACAAGAGCUGCGUGGCAUCACGCUACAUCGACGUCAAAGGCAACAAGGGCCCCAUAGGAAUGCCACAGGGCGCCACCUGUGACAAGUUCAUGUGCUCUCAGCAAGGCUCCGAGUGUGACAUCUGGGAUGGCCAGCCUGUGUGUAAGUGCCGGGACCGCUGUGAGAGAGAGCCCCACUUCACAUGCGCGUCUGACGGCAUGACGUACUAUAACAAGUGCUACAUGGAUGCAGAGGCCUGUUCCAAGGGUAUCUCUAUCUCUGAGGUCACCUGCAGGUACCACCUGACCUGGCCAAACACCAGUCCAAUCCCAGCAGAGACCACUUUACAUCCCACCACUGCCCUCCAGACCACCCUUCCAGCUGACAUCCAGCUCCCCACCAUACACAGCGGCCCCACUCAACAGGCUGUUUUUGUGGGUGAGACAGCCAGCUUCCUGUGUGAGGUGUCCGGGAAGCCACAACCGGAGAUCACCUGGGAGAAACAACUGAAGGGCAAAGAGAACGCCAUAAUGAGACCCAAUCAUGUCCGAGGGAACGUCGUGGUCACUAACAUUGGCCAGCUGGUCAUAUACAAUGCGCAACUUCAGGAUGCCGGUAUCUAUACAUGUACAGCCAGAAACGUUGGGGGAAGUGUAUCGUCGCACUUUCCCUUGGUAGUGAUAAGGAAGGAGGCGAAAGGUAAGAAUGCAGAGGGGAACAGUACCAAGCUGCCAUUUCCAGCUGAAGAGUGCCUUAAGAGUCCAGACACAGAUGACUGUGGAGAAGAGAGCAUGAGCUGGUACUAUGAACCAAAGAGGAACAAUUGCUUCACCUUCACCUACAGUCAGUGCAAUAAAAACCGCAACCAUUUCGACACCUACGAAGCCUGUAUGCUGUCAUGUGGAGGAGAGCUGGCAGCUCCCUGCAGCCUACCGAGCCUCCAAGGGCCCUGCAAGGCCUAUGAGCCUCGCUGGGCUUAUAGCAGCAGUCUCAAAAAGUGUCAGUCCUUCGUGUAUGGAGGCUGUGGGGGCAACGAGAACAACUUUGUGUCCAAAGAAGCCUGUGAAGAGAUGUGUCCCUUUCCGAAGAACCACAACUGCAAGGCAUGUAAACCUCGAGCCAAGAUGGUCACCAGCUUCUGCAAGAGUGACUUUGUGAUCCUCGGGCGUGUGACCGAACUGACAGAGGAGCAAGAGUCAGGCCAUGCUUUGGUGACAGUGGAGGAGAUCUUGAAGGAUGAGAAGAUGGGUCUGAGGUUCUUUGGCAAAGAGCCCCUGGAGGUGACACUUCUGAACAUGGACUGGAACUGCCCCUGCCCCAACGUCACCACAGCCGAUGGGCAGCUCAUUAUCAUGGGAGAUGUUCAAAAUGGGAUGGCUGUCCUGCAGCCUGAUAGCUUUGUAGGCUCCUCCAGCACCCGCAGAAUCAGGAAGCUUCGUGAGGUUGUCCACAAGAAAACCUGUGAUUUCCUUAAAGAUUUCUCAGCUGUCCAGUAGUCUUUUAAAAUCUCACACUCACUGAACGUCUGUUAAUGUUGUUUUCUGAUUAUUCCAAGCUCCAGUGACCUCACCAGUCUGAUCGACUGCCAGCAAACAUAAAACAAGUAACUUAUCUGUGACGUUGGAGGUUUUGUUGCUGGUUUCAGGUGCGUUUCUUUACUUACUCUGUUUCUUCUUGCUCAGCAGAUCUCAGAAAAUUACUCCUCGUAGUUCACACUCUUGCCUCUGAUCAUUUGUGUCAUCAGUUUUCAUUCAUAAUUUUGUCACAGAUGCCGUGUCAAAACUGUCCUUACAGCUCUUUUUGAAAUUAGAAUCAAGCUUGAGCAGUUUUGAUGUUUGCACCUAGGGCACACUGUCUGGAAAAGGCAGGUAGAGUAAUUAGUCACAAGCAUUUACCCUGUACAAAGUAUUUAAUCUCUGCAACUGUUUACUAAAAUUGCAUCAUAGAUUUCCUAUCUAUCUAAUAUCAUUCAUUUAGCGGUAUGUUUUAAUAUCAUUGCUUCAUGUUUUUGACGUUGUGUAACCUCUGUCCGGAGCCCUUGAGCUCACAGUAUUGCAAUUUAAAGCCUCAGUAUAUUUACCAGAAUCAGAUAAGCUCUUUGGUUCCAUAUUUUUGCGGAAUCUAUUUUGAUAAGUUUUAAACGUUCAGUGUGUAGGAUUUAGGGGGAUAUAUUGUCAGAAAUGGAAUAUAAUAUAUCAGUAUGUUAUCUUUAGCACCUGCAAAUAAGAAUUGUUGUGUUUUUGUUACCUUAGAAUGAGCAGUUUAUAUCUACAUAGGGAGCGGGUCCUUGUCCAUGAUGAUCGCCAUGUUGCACCACCAUGUUUCUACAGUUGCCCAAAACGGACAAAUCAAACACUGGCUCUAGAUAAUGCCAUUCACGUUUUCGUGUCAGCUACCAUAGUUAGCUGCAACACAUUCUCACUCCGACCUUGUCACAUAUCGACGUUUGGUCAUGGUGGUUCCAUGUUCACAUACGAUUUAAAGGUACCCUGGGUGUGUUGGACCCUUCCAUCCACCCUACUCGGACUUUUGCCGCCUUAACUUUUGUUCCUGUCCCACUGCGUUUCCGUGUGAUGCGGCAGAGCGCCAUUAAACUAUAACUGCAGCUGGCUGUGUAUUAUCCUGAUGUUAAAGGACGGCUUUUAUUUUUUUGUCAGUGUCUGAUGCUGCAAGUCACUGCCCAAGCACUGGAUUUUGAUGACUUCGGAGUGAGACCGGGCUCCUCCGUGAUCAGAGCAUUGGAAAAAGUAGUGUAAAUAAACAGGUCCUUUUGUUUUGAAAAGGAAGAUACCUCGGGUAAUUCAGCUCCCAAUAAAAACCUCCUGAAUGUCUGGAUCUCAAGUUAUCCAGGAAAAAAGGUGCGCACACAUCAACAGGCUAGGCUAGCGGCCCGAGUGCAACAUAUACCGAAAAGCGUAGGAGAAACAGAGUUGUAACUUAAAACUCCUUUAUUCAGUGUUUUUACUGGUUUAAAUCAUCAGGUGCAUUUGUUCAGCUCCCAGUAAAAACCUCCUGAACAAUUAACACUGAAGGAAUUCUAACCAGGAGAAGUUUCAGCUGGAUGCAAUCGGCGAUCCUCACCACUAGAUGCCACUAAAUCCCCAAAAUCUUACACACUGUUCCUUUAAUUUACAAUACAGAAUAUGUAUGUGGAUUUCUGUACUUCGUAUUUAUUUUUCUUGAUCUAUUUCUU